AUGGAAAAUGUAAAAACGGAACAAGAACCUUCUGAAAAUUGUCAUCAUGAUGAUGCUGGUAAUAACAAUUCAUCAUCAUCCAAGGCUGGUUCAUUCUUAUUUGAACAUUUAUUGCCAAGAGAGGAAGAAAUUAAAAAGUGGAUUUUAAAUUGUUGUUGGGAAAAUUCGGAAGGAGCAUCAUCUUGGUCGGAAGAAGCAAAUAAUGAUGUUUCGAGUUUAUCUACUAGUAUGAAACAUGUUAGAAAAAUUAUUAGAUUAUUAUUGGAUUUUUUGAAUGAAUUUUCCUUCUUGUUUAAAUUUAUCAACUCACAAAAUGGUGAUGCCUAUGAUGGACUCGAGAAUUAUGAGAAAUUCAAGGAAGAACAACACUUGUUGUACUUUAUUUGGAAGGAUCAUUAUGGAAAUUGUUUGCCUGUGGAGUGGCAAGACUAUUUUCAAACAUGUAGUGAUGAAUUAUUGAUAGAAAUGAUGAAUUAUACGCAAUCUGAGGAUGAAUUGUUUAUUAAACAAUUUGAGGAGGGUACAAUUUUUGGAAAGGAUGGAAUGCCAAAUUCUGUGAAGAGAUUCCUGAUGGGUUGCAGAGUGCUGAGAUUUCACAAGCACGUAAUUGAAAAUCCCAAAGAUAUCAUUUCUUACCUGUCCUCUCCAAAGUUUGAUUUGAGUUGUGAGAGUGGUGAAAUUGCCAACUCGAACGAACUUACUAGAAAUAUGUCGCCAAAGAAGAUUCACGAAAUUGAGAGAUUGGCAGAAUUUAUUAGCUACUUUUCCUAUUCUUCAGAUGAUCAACAAUUAGAAGAUGUUGAAAAUCUCGGCUCUGGAAAGGGUUAUCUUUCACAUGUUCUCUUCACCAAGUAUGGAUUAAAUGUUGUUGCAGUUGACCACAAUGAACAACUCGUCCAAAAAAUUCAAGCUAAGGCUCAAAAAGAUGUACAGAAAAAGAAGAAACAACAAAAGAAUCAACUCAAAGCCAUUGCCUCUCAUUUAGAAUGCAACAGAGAACAAUUGUGUAAGAUGGUUAAUCAAAUGUUGGAAACAACAAAAUCGAUCAGAGAGGAUGUUAUUGGAAAUAAUUGUAUUGUAGGUCUACAUACUUGUGGUGAUUUGUCUUGCAUUCUAAUGGACAUGUACGUCAAUGAUGUGAGACAUACCCAAAGUUCUCUAUUGAAAUCACUAGUUAAUGUUGGAUGCUGUUAUCACAAGCUCACUGAAAAGUAUCACAAACAACAUGUAAAUACUAGCUCUACUAACAACAGCAGUGAAAAGAUUGACCAAGCAUCAAACUCUGAGGCAUUGAAAUUUAGUGGUUUUCCACUUUCUCCCUACACGAAUGAUUAUGUUGUGAAUAAUCUGGCCAAUGGUUUUCAAUUCACUAGAUCUGGACUCAUUCUAGGAUGUACAGAGAAUACCAUUUGGAAAGAUUCCUUGAGCGUCUCAAACAAUUCAACAACAAUAGAAAUCAUUCCAGUACAUGACUAUUGGAAGAGAAAUGCAUUCAGAUGUGCUAUGGAAUAUUUCCUGCAUGAAUUUGUGGAAAAGAACGAGGAAGGUAUUGAACAUCCAGUUGUCUACAGUUUUGGAAGUAUUGCAGAACAAAAUCUAUCGAGCACAAGUUCUUCAACUCAAUCUUCAUGUCCAGAUUUUGUCAAGUAUGCCCUAGCUGUCUUGCAACGAUUGUCCAAAACAAGUGUACUCUCCAAGAAAUUUCAUAGAGAGGAUAUUGUAGAAAUGGCCAUCCAAGAUGAGUAUUCUCCUGAGCUUGUGCAGGAAAUUGGUCAAUUUUACAUUCAAUCUUGUGGAGCUCAACCUGAAACUGCAAGAAUCAAGAAAGUUGAUAUCUUUUGGACUUUAAGAGCCAUUAUUGGUCCAGUCAUUGAAAGUCUAAUCCUCCUCGAUCGAUACCUCUUCCUUUUAGAAAACAACACUCACGCUGAUAUUGUCCAGCUAUUUGAUGAGGACAUUUCACCUCGUGCCUUUGCACUCUUUGCCCACAAGUAA